UGGGACCCUUACAAAAAAUGGACCACAGAUUGUUUGAUGCAGCUCGUUCGGGAGACAUGACAACAGUUCAGUUGCUACUUCAAGAAGAUCCUCUUCUUCUCGACCGUUUCUCUAUGUCUUCACUAGAGAAUCCUCUCCAUGUCUCAGCAUUCUCCGGCCAAGUUGUAUUCACGGAAGAAAUCUUGCGUGGCAAGCAAGAUUUAGCUCUGGAGCCGAACCAACAAGGUUUUACUCCUCUUCAUAUUGCUUCAGCCUCAGGGAAGAUAGAAGUUGUUAGAGCUCUCCUACGUGUCGGCCCGAAUCAUGUUCUCUGCCGCUUGAAGGACAAAGACGGUUCAAUUCCUCUUCACUGCGCCGUGCAGAGAGGGAGAAUCGAGGUCGUAAAAGAGUUGGUUUCUUCUUUCCCCGAAUCUCUCAAGGAAGUAAAUGCUUCUUUUGAGACACCUCUUCAUGUUGCUGUUAAGAACAAUCAAGUGGAAGCUACAAAGCUGUUGCUUGAAGAGAUCAAGAAACGUGACAUGUCACCAGAGAUCCUUAACAUGGAGAAUCGAGAAGGCAAUACAAUCUUGCAUCUUGCAACUCUUGGGAAACAGCUUCAGAUUGUGGAGAUGUUUAUUGGUGACGAUGCAAUACUCAGAGGAGUAAAUGUAAACAGACAAAACAGAAACUGGUUAACACCAAAAGACAUACUAGACGUGGUUAUUGAAACCGAAGGAGGAAGUGUUUCUGAGUUGUACAGAGUUAUUCAAAUAUUUCAGACAGUUUCAGCAAAGAACGCACGUUCGGAACGUCCACGAUUUAAACAUAAUCAACCUACUAGAAACCCGUUUCGCAUGAUAAAGAAUCAUAUAAACGCCGAGAUUAAUAACUCAACAAACGAACAGCGAGAAACUCUAAUGAUUGUUGCAACACUCAUAGCAACACUUACAUUCACUGGAGGUCUUCAGCCUCCAGGAGCUUUCAAGAGUGAAGACGCUAACGGUGGUUCAAACGCGACAAACACUACAAGGGCAACAACAUCACUAGGCAGAACUUUGGAUAACAUUUUCGGACAAAGGAACAGCACUGCGGGACAAGCGAUCAUGGCGGAUAGACGCGUUCACUUCACUCUUUACUCUGCCUUUAACGCGAUUGGGUUCUUGGUAUCGGUGGCAAUGAUAUCUCAGCUUACGAAAGGGUUUCCUCUGAGAAACUGGAUGAGGCUUUGCAUUAUCUCAGCUGUGUCUGCUUAUUGUCUUGCAAUCGUCUACAUUGCACCAGAUGAGGAUGUGUUUUGGGUCGUGGUUCUUUCUGUAUCGUUGCUCUUGGUUCUUCGCGAGCUUUACUUUUUCAUCAAAUCGUUGUACAAUGGGAUCAAGGAUGCAACGCGUGAAACUUCAUCUUCUUAA